CGUUUCAGGCGGGAAUUUUCAGCGCUCCAGGUGGCAGUAGUCAUGGCAGAAGAGUGGGAGUCGUUUGUUGAGGAGGAGGAGGUUGAUGAGGAAGAGGAGAUCUUGACUCCGGCAGAGCUUAUCCGCAAACUGGAAGAGGCUUGGCUGAAUGAGAAGUUUUCUCCUGACCUUCUGGAAUGUAAAUCUGAAAUUGUGGAAUGUGUCAUGGAACAAUUGAAUCACAUGGAAAAGAAUCUGCAGCGAGCCAAGAAGGGAGACCUGAAAAUCACCAUUCACAGGAUGGAAAUGGAGAGGAUUCGUUACGUCCUCAGCAGCUAUUUGAGGUCUCGGUUACAAAAGAUUGAGAAGUUUUUCCCUCACAUUUUAGAGAAGGAGAAGUCCCGUCUUGAGACAGAACCUUCUUAUUUAUCUGCACAAGAAGCUGCUUUUGCAAAAGAAUAUGCGACAAAUUGUGAAGCACACCUGAGGAACCUUGCCUUGAAGCGCAUGCCUCCUAACCUGCAAGCUCUGGACAUGAUGAAAGCUGUUCCCAAACCCAACAUGGAUUCUUUUGUUUUUCUGAGAGUGAAGGAGAAGCAGGAGAAUGUACUGGUGGCGCCUGAGAGAGAGGAUCAGAGAGAAUAUACUGUUGAUUUGGAGGAAGGAUCACAACAUCUGAUGCGAUACCGGACAAUUGCUCCUCUUGUGGCUAGUGGUGCUGUGCAGCUGAUCUAAAUGGGAAUAUGGAGAGUAUUGUUAUUUCAGAUCAUGCUCCAAUGAAACUUUCCAUCAAGUUAAUGGACACCUCUUGUACUAGCAGAUAAUGGCGAUUUAACCCUAUUUUGCUUCAAGAUCAGGACUUUGUCAAAUUUAUAAAGGAGCAGAUUGAUUUCUUCUUUUCAACUAAUACUACGGAAGAAGUUUCCAAUGGAACUGUUUGGGACGCCUUUAAAGCUUAUAUCCGUGGUCAGAUUAUUUCCUAUUCGGCCGGUUUGAAAAGACGUGUUAACAAUGAAAUACUUUUGUUGGUUGAUAAAAUUAAGGAAGUCGAUAAAAAAUAUGCUAUUUCUCCCAGUAAGGAGCUGUACAAACGCAGAGUUGAACUCCAAUUAGAACAUAGCUUAUUAUUAACAUCCUCGAUUGAAAAUCAAUUAAUGAGAACUAGAAGUGAUUUUUAUAUUCAUAGUGAUAAAUCGGGUAAAUUACUGGCCAACCAAUUGAAAUUUGAUUCGGUUAAACGUCAAAUUACUAAGAUUCGCAAACAGGAUGAUACUUUCACAGUUGGGAUAAACCAAACCUUUCAAGAAUUUUAUACUUCUUUAUGUCACUGUGAUUUUCCUCAUGAUUCUAAUUUCAUGCAUGAUUUUUUAGGUAAAUUGAGUUUUUUGAAAUUAUCAACCGAAGAGUCCCUAUCAUUAGAAACUUCCAUUUCAGAGGAAGAAAUAAUAACUGCAAUCUCAUCAUUGAAUUCCGGUAAAGUGCCCGGUCCGGAUGGGUUUACAGUGGAAUUUAAAAAAAUUUUUUUCCUCCAUUCUUUCUUCUAAGUUGUCUAGAAUAUUCAAGGAAGCAAUCAGUUUAGGUAAAUUACCACAAUCGUUUUACGAAGCCUCUAUUUCCUUAAUUCUUAAAAAGAAUAAAGAUCCUACUGAUUGUGCAUCAUACAGACCGAUAUCUCUUCUGAAUGUAGACUCUUAAAAUUUUUUCAAAAAUUCUAGCAACUAGAUUGGAGAAGGUGUUACCUCAAAUUAUUUCUAUGGAUCAAACCGGAUUUAUUAAAAAUCGCUAUUCAUCUAAUAUUAGGAGGUUAAUGAAUAUUGUUUAUACCCCCUCAUUUACUACCCCGGAAUGUAUUAUCUCUUUAGAUGCUGAGAAAGCCUUUGACAGAGUUGAAUGGCCUUAUUUAUUUAAUGUUCUUGAGAAAUUUAAUUUUAAUUUGACAUUUAUAUCUUGGAUUAAAUUGUUAUACUACUCCCCGGUAGCCUCGGUUUGUACAAAUAAUUAUAGAUCUUUUUUUCGUCUUUUUCGUGGCACUAGGCAAAGUUGCCCUCUUAGUCCUUCACUAUAAAAUAUUGCUCUUGAACCUUUAGCAAUUGCUAUUCGUGACUCGCCAAAUAUUGUUGGUAUCACCCGUGGAAAUGAAAUACAUAAAUUAUCAUUAUAUGCAGACGAUUUGUUGUUAUAUAUCUCUAACCCGGAGAAGUCAAUUCUUGCUAUCUUAGCUCAAUUUAAUAACUUCUCUGGUUACAAAUUGAAUCUUAAUAAGAGUGAAUUAUUCCCUUUAAAUAAGCAUGUACCUACUUAUGGACGUUUACCAUUUAAAUUGGUUACUGAUUCAUUUAUAUAUUUAGGGAUAACAAUUACGAAAAAAUAUAAAGAUUUAUUUAAAGCUAAUUUUUUUACCUUUAAUUGAUCAGAUUAAACUUUUAUUUACCAAAUGGUCGCCAAUCUCUUUGUCUUUGAUUGGUCGGAUUAAUGCUAUUAAGAUGAUCAUUUUGCCCAAAUUUUUGUAUAUAUUCCAAUCGGUCCCAAAAAAUCUUUUUUUGAUAAUGUAGAUUCAAAAAUUCCUCGUAUAUUUGGCAAAAUAAAAAUCCUAGGUUAGGUAAAAGGUACCUACAGAAAUCUAAAAAGGAGGGGGGACUCGCCCUCCCAAAUUUUAGAUUUUAUUACUGGGCAAUUAAUAUUCGAUAUUUAAAAUUUUGGUUACGAGAUUUGGACAUAUCUUUAAACCCUCAUUGGGUAAAUCUUGAAUCUAAUUCAUUACAAGGGUUUUCCUUGGGUUCGGUUUUAGGAACUUCACUUCCUUUUCCUUCUUUUAAAUUAUAUAAACAAAUGAAUAACCCAAUAGUUAAGCAUACUUUACGUAUAUGGUUUCAAUUCCGAAGAUUUUUUGGGUUUAAUCAAUUUAUUCUAGCAAGUCCCAUGAUAUCAAAUUUUCUUUUUCAACCUUCCACGAUGGAUCAAGCUUACUUUGAUUGGAAAACCAAAGGUAUAAUAUCUUUUCGCGAUUUAUUUUUGGAUAAUUGUUCUAUGUCUUUUGAUCAACUCUCUAAUAAAUAUAAUUUACCCAGAUCUCACUUUUUUAGAUAUUUACAGAUUAGAAACUUUUUAAUUACUGUUUCCCCUAAUUUUCCACACCCAUAUCCAAUGGACAUUUUGGAAAAAAUCAUAGAUUUAAAUCUCUCUCAGAAAAGUGUAGUAGCAAUUAUAUAUAAUAUAAUUAUGAAUUUAUGUCCUGAUGCUUCUAAUAAAAUUAAAGCUGACUGGGAAAGAGAACUUGAGAUUAAUAUACCGACUGAAAAAUGGGAAAAAAUUCUUCAGUUGGUGAAUUCAUCCUCUGUAUGUGCUAAGCAUAGGUUGAUACAGUUUACAGUAGUGCACAGGACUCACAUGUCCAAAGAUAAACUAUCUCGUUAUUACUCUUCUAUUAAUCCAAUAUGUGACAGAUGUCAUUUCGAGAUAGCUUCUUUAA